AUGCAAGAACAUAAAAUAAUGAGUGAUGAGAAAUCAUCGGGUCGUAUUCCAUCUUCAACGUCGUUGAACACUACCACACCAGCUGCUUCAAUUCCAUUACCAGCCACGUCAAACACGAAUAGUUCUUCUCAGCAACAAUCAACUACUACCACAAAAUCUACUCAAAAAGAUUUAAAACCAAAUUAUCAAAUAAAAUUUACAUUAUCUGGUCAUUUAAAAGCAAUAUCAUCAUUAAAAUUUAGUCCAAACGGUGAAUGGUUAGCAUCAGCAUCAGCUGAUAAAACAAUAAAAAUAUGGGGAGCAUUCGAUGGAAAAUGGGAAAAAACAAUUAGUGGACACAAAUUAGGUAUUUCAGAUUUAGCAUGGUCAUUUGAUAAUAGAUAUCUAGUUAGUGCAUCGGAUGAUAAAACUCUUAAAAUUUGGGAUAUAACCCGUGCAAAAUGUUUAAAAACAUUGAAAGGACAUACAAAUUAUGUGUUUUGUUGUGAUUUUAAUCCACAAUCAAAUUUAAUUGUUAGUGGAUCAUUUGAUGAAUCUGUUAAAAUAUGGGAUGUUCGAUCAUCAAAAUGUCUAAGAACAUUACCAGCACAUAGUGAUCCAGUUACAGCUGUACAUUUUAGUCGUGAUGGCACAAUGAUCGUUUCAAGUUCGUAUGAUGGUUUAUGUCGUAUAUGGGAUACAUCAAGUGGCAUGUGUUUGAAAACUCUCAUUGAUGAUGAUAAUCCUCCAGUGAGUUUUGUUAAAUUUUCACCAAAUGGUAAAUAUAUAUUAGCUGCUACAUUGGAUAAUACAUUAAAAUUAUGGGAUUAUUCUAAAGGAAAAUCAUUAAAAUUAUAUACAGGCCAUAAAAAUGAAAAAUAUUGUAUAUUUGCAAAUUUUUCUGUAACCGGUGGAAAAUGGAUUGUAUGCGGAUCAGAAGAUAAUUAUGUUUAUUUAUGGAAUUUACAGACAAAAGAAAUUGUUCAGAAACUUGAAGGACAUACCGAUGUUGUGAUGUGUUGUGCGUGUCAUCCAAAAGAAAAUAUUAUUGCCAGUGGUGCACUAGAAAAUGAUAAAACAAUAAAAAUAUGGAAAUCGGAUAUCUAA